UGCGCUGCUCUCCAACUGUGGUUCUGACCUGGGUGCGAUACAAACUCCCUUUCACCCAAAUUCGAUUUCACCUAUUGCGCCUGCCUUUGUCGUCGUUUUGUUUUUCACAGACUGAGGGGUAAAUUCAAAUAUUCCCUCGACACUGCCUGCCCUCUUCCCUGGCCGCCAACUCACAGCGCAUCCGAUAGUCGACGUCAACUAUCUCCGCCCGAGAACACGUCUACCUACCAUCACCUCUUCUUACCCACACACACAACCACACAACAUGGCGACACCGGCAGCCACCAAGCGCCUCACAAGGGAGUACGCUUCCAUCUCCAAAUCACCGCCACCAUACAUUACUGCGCACCCUUCGGAUAGGAACAUCCUCGAAUGGCACUACAUCAUCACCGGCCCGCCAGACACGCCCUACCAUGGCGGCCAGUACUGGGGCACCCUCAACUUCCCGCCCGACUACCCCUUUGCCCCGCCCGCCAUCCGCAUGCACACUCCAUCUGGCCGUUUCCAGCCCAGCAGCCGACUAUGUCUGAGUAUAUCCGACUUCCAUCCCAAGAGCUUCAACCCCGCCUGGGAGGUCAGCACGAUUCUGACAGGCCUGCUGAGUUUCAUGACGAGCGAUGAGAUCACCACUGGCAGCGUCCGCGCAUCAGAGGCAGAGCGGAAACUCUUCGCUCAGCGCACCCGAUGGUGGAACAGCACAGGCGGCGGCAGCAAGGCGACUGGCUCGGACAACGCUGGUGGCCGCCAGAACGGCAACAUCCGGGCUGGAGAUGGCGGCGCAAAGUUUAGGCAUGAAUGGCCGGAUGUCGACGAGGAGAACCUCAAGUGGAUGAAGGACAACCGUAUCGACCCCCUCACCGGUCUGCCGCGACCUGCAUCUACCCCCUCACAGCAGCCCGCCUGCUCACCAGACGUCUCCGGACUGCGACGACGCCCCGGAACAAGCGCGACGGUCGUCCAAGAUGCGGCGCAGAUAGCACGAGACGCACAACAAGGAUGGUUGAGUCGCAAUAAGUGGAGGGUCGUUCUCGGAGCUGUCAUGCUCUAUAUUCUAGUCGCGAGGGUACUAGGCGACGGUGCAAUCGCAACUUCUACUUAGAUGGAAGGGUUGAGGCAUGCAUAAGGAUGCUAGGGUCGUGUGCAUCAUGGGAGACACAAGUCACGAUUCAUUCAAACAGGCAUUUACUAUGGCGUUGGUGGGCGCUCGGCAUACCCAACUUUCAGUCGAGCACUCUGUAUGAUUAUUAGUAGUAGCAAACUAAACACAAUACGUGCAUGCUACACCCCUCACUUGCUCUCCUUUGAUUCAUCCUUUGAUUCAUCCUUCGACUCAUACGUCGCGCUGCCUCUGGUAAGGGGCGUUGUUUCUUGGUCCAUCCUAGACUAUAUUCAACCCAAG